AUGCUGCGCGCCUUGGUAGCUGUGUCCCUGUGGCUGCGGGUGAGCCCGCGGGCGCAGGGCGCUCCGUGCGAAGCGGUGCGCAUCCCCAUGUGCCGCCCCAUGCCCUGGAACAUCACCCGCAUGCCCAACCACCUCCAUCACAGCACCCAGGAAAACGCCGUCCUCGCCAUCGAGCAGUACGAGGAGCUGGUGGCCACUGGCUGCAGCCCGGUCCUCCCCUUCUUCCUCUGCGCCAUGUACGCGCCCAUCUGCACCCUGGAAUUCCUCUACGACCCCAUCAAGCCGUGCCGCUCCGUCUGCCAGCGCGCCCGCGACGGCUGCGAGCCCAUCAUGCGCCGCUACAACCACAGCUGGCCCGAGAGCCUGGCCUGCGACGACCUCCCCGUCUACGACCGCGGCGUCUGCAUCUCCCCCGAGGCCAUCGUCACCGACCUGCCGGAGGAUGUGAAGUGGACGGACUUCACGCAGGGCGUGAUGGUGCCGGAGAGACCCCCGGAGCCCGACUGCAAGGGCCGCGGCCAGGAGCGAUGCAGGUGCAAAAAGACAAAGCCUACGCUGACGACCUACCUGGCCAAGAACUACAGCUACAUCAUUCAUGCUAAAGUGAAAAGCGUAGAGAGAGGGAACUGCAACGAGGUAACAACUGUGGUUGAAGUCAAAGACAUACUCAAGUCUUCGACGCCAAUUCCUCUGUCUCAAGUGCCUCUUCUUACAAAUUCCUCCUGCCAGUGUCCACCUCUUCAGCCGAAGCAGGAUGUUCUCAUCAUGUGCUAUGAAUGGCGCUCAAGGUUGAUGCUUCUUGAUGGAUGUCUCGUUGAAAAAUGGAAGGAUCAGCUAAACAAAAGAGUUAAGAGGUGGGAGCAGAGACUGCAAGAACAGAAGCUGCGAACGGCCCGCAGUAAGAACCAGAAUGCAGGACGCAGUAGUCGGAGUGGAGCCCCAAAAUCACCAGCUAAGAACACCAACCCACUGGUCAGUGGCCCCAAAAAGGCCACCAAAAUAAGAAACGGCCAGAAAGAAGUCAACCCUAAAAAAGUAUGAGUAUGACAUCUUAAAAAAAAACCAACAAACAAGACUUUUCCUGCACGAUGAAGGUCACAAUCUGGCUUGGUCGGCAUGUUUUAUAAAUCCAGAACUCAUCGACUUAAAAACUCACGGUGGUUUCUACACAGACAUUUUUACUGCACUUUACUUUUAGAAGGUUUCCUUUUCUUUUCAAGCCACCGCAAGCCGUAGAGCGUAGGUUUGCACUAAUAUGUGGUAGGCAUAUUGAAGCUGACUGAACUUUAUCUUAAUGCUCUGAUUUGCAUUGCUAGAUAGAUCUGUCCUUGGCUCCUUAUGCCGGUGGCCCGCCCUGCUUCCCUGCCAGAGGUUGGAGAGCUACGUGGAGCAUCCCUUCUCUCCUCAGAAAGCACAACUCAUGGAGUAGCUGGAGAGUUAGUUAGUCUGGGAAUUAUUCUGUUGAGCUGAGAACCAUGGCAGCUGAGGAGCAGCAGAGGGUUGGUAACGUCUGGCAGACAUCUGGGGCAGCAAUUGCUGCAGCUGCUGCAGCUGAAUCUAUCUCCUGUUUGGAAUCACAGCCCUUGUUCAGAGUAUUUGGAAGCAUAGUUUACCAAUGAGCAUCUGGGUAUGCAUUGUGUGAUUAUUUUAUGUGUGUGCCAGAAAUAUUCUUACCGUGUUAGUAACUGAUCUUGUGAAUUUGUGUAGUAAAAAAUGCAUUGAAAGCUGACUUUUAAUUUUUUAUUGUACUUCAGGCUGGCUUCUGUUGUUAUAAGUUCAAAUAUAUUUAAGCAUCUAAUUGAAAAAUCAGUAUUUUUUAACAGGACAGAUUAAAGUGGAGCAGAUCUGUAGAAUUCUUAAGGGAGUAACACUUAUCUUUGCUGUAAUAUAGCCUUGUUAUGGAAACUGGAAUAGAAGCAUGAUUCUAAACAUAUCUGACAGCUGCUGUACAGUAUUAAAGAAAAGACAGGGCUUCAUGUGGCUCAGUGUUCAUUUGCAUAAUUUUUUAUCAUUUCACACCGUAUUUCUAAAUCUCUUUCUGAUACCAAAUAAUAAAUAAAUAA